AUGCCGGCAGCGCUGCUGCCUCGCGCUGCGCUCAGCGUGUCGCGCACGGCGCCGCAGCUCGUCAUGGCGGCCGCCCGCACGCCGCACGCCAAGCUGCGCAGCUCCAGGCCGAGCCGGUCGGGCAGCAGUCGAAGCAGCAGCAGCAGCAGCAGCCGGCCCAGCCCCCGCUCCGCAGACGUGGCUGCAGAUCUGCGCACCCUCAUGGCCGCCUCGGCACAGCCCGUGGCGCUGCUUCUGCUCCAGCUGCCGUCCGGCUCCGCGAGCUCGCCGGCCGAGAUCCACGGCGCCACGAUCUCCUCGCUCGUCUCGCUCUCCGUCUCGCCUGCGCUCGUCGCCUUUAGCCUCAAGACGCCGUCUCGCGCUGCCAAUGCACUGCUCGCGUCCGCGUCCUCGGCGCCGCUGGGACCAACGUUCACGCUCUCCAUCCUCGCCGAGCAUCACGCCUCACUCGCGGGCGCAUUCGCGGCGCCGGGCCUCAAGCCGUGCACUCUCGAGGCCGGCGCGCAGCCGGGCACACUGUGUGCGAGCGAUGCAGACCACCCGCUGGCGAAGGUCGGACUGCUUGCGUCGGUCGCCAGGGGCCCGUCGCCGAUUCCACGCAUCGGCGGAAUAGGCAGUCUGGCAUGCUCCCUCGUGGGCCGCGUGAAGCUGGGCGGCGGCAAAGCCGACGGCGCAUCGGCGGACGCAGACGUGCUCGAGGCGCUGUCGAUGGAUGGACGGCUGGAUCUGCCAGGGCACGACCCGGCGCAGGCGGGCAAGGAGGAGGGGGAGAGCUGGCUGCUGCUCGCGCAAGUGUGGCAGGUGGAGGGCGCGGACGACGGCAGCGAGCCGAAGGAAGGGCCGCUCGUGUGGUACCGACGAGGCUUCACCGGCGUGCGGUAG